AUGAUGCGUAAAGACGUGAACAAGCCGAAGGGGAAGACGUCGGCGCGCUUCUUCGUUCAGACGUGUCGAGAGGAGCAGCGCAGAAACCGGAGCAGUCUGUCAACCUUCGCUGAGUUCUCCAAGAAGUGUUCCGAGAGAUGGAAGGGUCUGACUGCCACUGAUAAGAAGUGUUUCGAGGACAUGGCGAAGGCCGACAAGGUUCGUUACAACCGAGAGAUGAGUGACUACGUCCCCCCCAAGGGCUACGGAAGGAAGGGCCGCAAGAGGAAAGAUCCCAACGCACCUAAAAGACCCCCGUCGGCCUUCUUCGUCUUCUGCAGCGAGUACCGUCCCAGUGUGAAGCAGCAGUUUCCAGGUCUGUCUAUAGGCGACUGUGCCAAGAAACUGGGAGAGAUGUGGAGCAAACUGUCGCAGUCUGAAAAACAACCGUACGAAGAGAAGGCUCAGAAACUACGAGAGAAAUACGACCGGGACAUGGUGGCGUACCGCGGCGGCGCGUACGCCAGGAACCCCGGCUCCUCAGCUCAGGGAGGAGAGGAAGAGGAGGAUGACGAUGGAGGCAGCGAUGAUGACGGGGACGGCGAUGAUGAGUAGAGACGACGAGCAGCA